AUGACACCGGCGGAUGAGAGUGAUGAUGAGGGAUUGGGUGGAUAUGGAUUCUUCGACGCUGGUAUGCUUCUGCAAGCUUCGAAAGGUAGAGGCGAAGGCCUAGACGAUUCAAAAACGAGAGCUAAUGCUCAUUCGAGAAGAAGAGAAAUUGGCAAGAAAUUAAGGUUAAGCGAAUAUUAG